AUGCGGUCGAGUCGUCCAGCUCGAUGCUGGUUCUCCUUUCGACGUGCUCCCCAGCAGCGCUUCUAUUCCGGCGCGCAGCCACCACCAUGGCGGCCGGUCUCGGCGGUGGAUGAAUGGGUGGAACGCCAGAUUCGACCGAUCAGUUUACGCCAGUUGACCUUCUUUGGCCGAACGUUGACCGAGCCUCGACUCAUCAGCUCGGCGAACUAUGUGCGGACCGAGUUACCGACGCGGCUGGCGCACCGCCUUCGAGAUAUUCAGCAGUUGCCCUACGUGGUCGUCUCCAACCCGCAUCUGUCUCUUGUGUACGAACUGUAUUACAAGGCCUUUGAGCGAUUUCGGGUCAUCCCCGAGAUCCGCAGCCUUGACGAUAACGACCGAUUUUGUGAUGUCCUGCGGGAGAUGCUGAAAGAGCAUCUGGUGGUGAUUCCCAAUCUGGCGAUGGGAGUUCUUGAGUGCCGCGAUCUUGUGCCUCCCGAAGACAUGGAUCGGUUCAUGAACACCCUCUUGCGUGCGCGAAUCUCACGUCGUGUCAUCGCAGAACAACACCUGGCCCUCACCGAUACGUUUAAUUCGCCAUGGCAUUUCCCCGACUCGCAUGAGAGAACUGAUAUGAAUGCCGACUUUGUAGGCGAAGUGUUUCUGAAAUGCCAGGCCAAGGAGGUGGUUGAACGGUGCGGGAAGGUCGCGCAGGAUCUGAUGCGGCAGACGUCGCAGUCGGCCCAGCUGCCCGAGAUCCGGGUUCAGGGUCAUCUGGAGGCGACCUUCCCGUAUAUCCUCAGCCAUCUCGAAUACAUCGUGGGUGAGCUACUGCGCAAUUCGGUACAGGCCGUCCAUGAGAAGUACCAGGGAUCUUCGCAGGCCCCGCCGCCCAUUGAGGUGCUCAUCUGCGAAACCCCACAGCACGUGAUCAUGCGCAUCUCCGAUCAGGGCGGCGGCAUCCCGCGAGAGAUCUUGCCGUAUCUAUGGUCCUUCAGCAAGGGACCGCGCACGCAGUCUCGGCUGGAGAAUCUCGGCCAAGUCCCCGCCAUGGCGGCGACGAUGCAGGAGUUGAAGGUGUCCGAGCGCAAGCAUGAGGCAUUCCAUGAGGGCUCGUUGGAUUCCCUCACGUCACGGCCGCCGAACCUGCGCCUGGGCAUGGGACUUCCGAUGAGCCGGGUCUAUGCCGAGUACUGGGCUGGAAGUCUCGAGCUACACAGUCUGGAAGGGUAUGGCGUGGAUGCCUUCUUGCAGAUUUCGAAGCUGGGGAACAAGAACGAGCAGGUGACAACGCGGGCGGCAAUUGAUGCAGUGUGA